AUGCAGCAAUCGGUGGUGGUCGCUGUCGACAAACUCUUCCACAACAAGGUCUACAAUCGAUACGUCAAUCGCACCUCCAAGUUCAUGGGUGACGACGAGAAAGACGUAUGCAACGUUGAAGAUCGGGUAAUUGCAGUUGCCCCCCCUUCUCUCAGCGGAUUUGUCGUGGUCGCCGGCCGGAGCUGA